AUGGCCUUAUAUGCGGCCCGGGGGCCGGACCACCCCCCAACAUCGGUGGCAGAACAAGAGCGCAUCCGCGAACUAUCAAAGUACUACUGCACCUUCAGUCAUCAUGAGUCGUCCGGCGAGGCUGCGCCGACGGGAGACGAGCAGCCCGGAGCCGCCUACCUAUCCCCCGACAUCACACUCAAUGCCCUAGCACAACUGGGUGUUUACCGAUUUGGCUGUAACCGGUCUUUUAUUUCAGUCAUCGAUGGCCAAAGUCAACACAUCAUUGCCGAAACGACGACCUCUAUAUCCCUGCGACAUAGGGACCAGCACCUGCCAGACGACGGCAUAUAUCUAGGUUUCAGAACCUUGGACCUUUCCUGGGGAGUCUGCCCUCAUACGAUCAAGUUGUUCACGGCCCAAGAUGCUUCGCUGGAACUCGAUACCCCCAAUAUCACCGCCAGCCGUACACGAUACAUUAUUCGCAACUUUGCAGAUGAAGAGUGUUUCAAGGAUCGGCCGUACGUGGUCGGUUGGCCCCAUAUGCGGUUCUAUGCCGAGGUGCCUCUCUUCAGCCCUUCCGGUCAUGUAUUGGGUUCCUAUUGCGUCGUGGACGACACGCCGCGCUCUGCAUUUGGAGAUGCCGAGGUUGCCUUGUUGCAGGAAUUGGCAGAUGCCACGGCCCAAUACCUUGAAAGCGCUCGAAUAGUGCAUUUCCAUCGCCGGGCUGAGAAACUUGUGACAGGAGUCACUGAUCUUGUCACACAUCACUCAGACCCCGACGCCGAGCUCAAAGAAUCACAUCCCUUUGCCGGCCCUUCUGGUCAAUCUGACUCGGAUAGCAAUUACUUGCCCGCUGUGGCAUCUUUAACGACGACAAAAUAUCAGGAGUCAACGCAUGUCACGGAUGAAUUUUUGUCGUUGUCGCUCGACAGAGAAAAGUCUUCUCAGACCGAACCCACAACGGUCUCCUUGCAGGAUGGGGCCGAAAGCAUCGACGAGACUGAGCCUGACGGGGCUCAUGCAAAACGUGCGAUGGAGACUUCUUCCAGCCUAUCCAUCUCCCAGUCUAUUGCAUCCAUAUUUUCUCGCGCCAGUGUCAUCUUGAGAGACUCUAUGGACCUUGAUGGAGUGCUGUUUGUGGAUGCAUUUCAAAGCAACUCUGGAACCCAAUCGCUCGUAUCACCAAAUGCCUGGGAGCCCUCGCCAAAGCAAUUACAUUCCAGUUUCCUUGACAGGCUCACUUCGAUCCAAUCGGGCUUCAAACGCGAUGAAACACCGGCGCAAGAAGCUCGAACCCCCUGCGAAAAUUAUGGACAAGCUUUCACAACCUCAUGGAAAGCUGAGAACGGUCCUCAAAUUCUCCUGACGGAACAACUUCUACGGAAGAUGAUUGAAGCGUUCCCUCAUGGACAGAUAUUCAUGCUGGGUGAUCGGGCUGUUGGCAGCCAUUACCUUUCCUAUCUGGGUGGAAUGGAAGACUCGACCACCGAGAUUAACACACUCCGUGAUAUCAGCUGUGGGCUAGCUAAACAACUUCCUGGGGCAGACUCGGUUCUCUUCUUCCCGCUCUGGGACUGGAAUAAAUCACGUUGGCUAGCUGGGACUCUACUUUGGACGAGCAAGUUGCAGCGUGCUCUGGGCAUAGAAGAACUCGGAUUCUUCAAGGCUUUCAGCAACUCGAUUGUCUCUGAAGUUGCCAGAGUCGACUGGGAAAAUACGGAGAAGUCCAAGUCGAACUUCAUCUCCUCCAUUAGUCACGAACUUCGUUCCCCACUUCAUGGAAUUCUUGGCAAUACUGAGCUGUUGCGGGCGACAACUCUCGAGCCUGGUCAGACCGAUAUGGUCAAGAUGAUUGAAUCAUGUGGAUUUACGCUGUUGGACGUUAUGAACCAUCUGCUGGACUUUACAAAGAUUAACAAUCUAACAACAACGGCUCAUCAAGGCGGCGAUAAUCUCGAACUCGACAUGACUGGCCUGGCAACUGCAUUUGACCUUGGCGACUUACUAGAGCAAGUGGCUGAGAUCAUGUCCACAUCACAAAUGCGACGAGGGAAGAAAUACUCUGAUUCUGAAGCCAAAGGCCCUCUGCGCAUUUCAACUGAAAAUCCGAAAUCGGACGACACACAAACACUCUCUGUUGUGGUCCGGGUUGAGGAACUGGAUGCAUGGAAUGUGCGCUCGGUGGCAGGUGCAUGGCGAAGAAUCGUCAUGAGUCUUCUUGGAAACUCUCUGAAAUGGACAGACCACGGUCUUAUCGAGGUAGCCCUGUCUAGUAUCAAGACUGGCGGCUCUGAGCUUGCUCUGGCCCAUCUGUCAGUGACAGAUACAGGCGGCGGGAUAUCCCCCGACUAUUUGAGACACUCAGUCUUCUCCCCAUUUUCCCAGGAAGAUCCUCUUUCAGGGGGUGUUGGUCUUGGACUCAGUCUUGUGCGCAAGCUCGUCGCGUCACUUGGAGGCCACAUCGAUAUCAAAAGUGAGCUAGAUGUUGGGACGCAAGUGGAUGUCUACAUUCCUAUUCAUUUCUGUGACGAAGGUGUCUCGGAAGUCGAUCGCUAUGACGAAUUGCCGGACUCAAGGCCGGCCACUCGGGCAUGUCUUGUCGGCUUCAACGAUUGCCCAGACUUGAAUGAAACGCCAACUGGUAUCUUAAGCACAGAAACCAAGCGGAAAUUGUCGAUCCAAAGCUCAUUGAGCAAUCUCUUCUUGGCGCAGCCCAAUUGGAGUGUUUCAUUGACUGAGAAUCUAGACGAAGCGAACGGCGAUGUUGUGAUUAUCGAGGACACAAAGUUGCAGCAGUUGAUGCAGGCUGAUUCUUUGUCUGUGACUCAAUCCAGGAUCAAGCUUUUCAUCGUGCUGGGCGAGAGACCCCCAGUUACAGAUCAUGUGAAAGCCGAGAUCGUUCACGUCUCUCAUCCAUAUGGCCCGCGCAAGCUAGCAAAUGCUAUCGAUUCCGCUCUGAAACGCACUGGGUACUCGGCCACUCCCCCUGAGAUUGAGACUGCGUUCCAAGUGCUCAAUACUCAUGAAGAUGCGCUACCUGAUCCUGAAACUUUAAAGCCACAUGAGCACACCCCAGUCUGCGCUCCAGGCGUUCCUGUCCCUGCUACACUGCCGCCGUCGACGGGAAACGAUACUAGAAACCAUGUUCUGAUUGUAGAUGACAAUAGCAUCAACCUCAAGAUCAUGUCCACCUUCAUGCGUAAACUGGGCUGCAGUUACGAAACUGCUUCAAAUGGACUGAUUGCCUUGAACAAGUACAAGGAAUCCGACAAACUCUUUACGCAUGUUUUAAUGGGUGAGUUUGCCUCGUAUCAUUCUCGAGAAUACGCAUUUAACCCGGCGUUCUCAGACCUCUCGAUGCCUGUUAUGGAUGGUCUCCAUUCUACGAAUAACAUUCGAUUGUUUGAAAAGGAGAAGGGCAUGUCAGCAUCUUGCAUCAUGGCUGUCACUGGGGUCGCUUCUGAUGAAAUGCAGAAACAGGCCAAGAUGAUGGGGUUAGAUAACUACCUUAUCAAACCAGUCUCCCUCCAGGGAUUGAAAAAGGUAAUGAACAUUGUAUGA